AUGUUUGGAGGCUACGGAGGCUACGGGGGCGGUCGCUUUGAGGCCAGCUACCGCUGCUACCCCGUCUCAUUCUUAGACAAGCCAGAGGCGGAGCGGGGUGACAAAAUAUUCCUGCCCCCCUCCGCCCUGGACCGCCUAGCCCAGCUGCACAUCGACUACCCCAUGCUGUUCCAAGUGGAGAAUCGGCGGGACGGGCGCAACACACACUGCGGCGUGCUGGAGUUCAUCGCGGACGAAGGGAUGGUGUACAUGCCGUACUGGAUGAUGCAGAACCUGCUGCUGCAGGAGGGCGAUGUGGUGCAGCUGCGCUCCGCCACGCUGCCCAAGGGCACGUUUGUCAAGCUGCAGCCACACUCGGCUGACUUCCUGGACAUCACCAACCCGCGUGCUGUGCUGGAAACCACGCUGCGCAACUUCUCCUGCCUCACGGUGGGCGACACAAUCCCCAUCAACUACAACAACCGCCGCUACUUCAUCGACAUCAUCGAGGCCAAGCCCUCGGACGCGAUUUCCGUCAUCGAGACCGACUGCAACGUCGACUUUGCGCCGCCGCUGGAUUAUGUGGAGCCGGCGCGGCAGCCGCCGCCGCAGCCGGUGCCCAUGGCAGCAGAGGGCCCUGCUGCUGCGGCGGGUGCGGCACCUGCGGCGGACGAGGCGGCAGAGCCCGAGCAGCCAAAGUUUCUGGCAUUUGCCGGGAGCGGCAGGCGGCUGGAUGGCAAGGCAGUCAGCGAGUCGCGGCCCAUUGCCAUCCCGCUGCCUGGCUCCGGGCGGCCUGGAGGCAGCGCCAGUGGCCCAGCAUCGGCGGCAGGCAGCGUGGGCAGCGGCGCAGGCGACGGCGGCAGCAGCGCAGCGGGCUCCGCGCCCAAGCGGCCCGGCAAGGUGUUUGGCGGCAACCGUCUGCAGGCCAAGCUAGCGGAUAAGGCGUCGGGAGGAGCGGGCGGGGCCAGGGCCCCCCCGCCGCAGCCUCCAGCAGAGAAGAAGGUGGAGGAGGAGGAGCCAAAGUUCAAAGCCUUUGGGGGCAAGGGGUACAGCCUGAAGGGCUGA